CAUCUGUUGGGAUAAAGAAGCGAAUCCAUUUGUUGUUUUCUUUUCAAUUUCAAUUGUUUUUCCAAUUUCAUUUAAUUUUUUAAUCAAUUUCUUGAGAAUUUCUUUUAUAUUUAAUUGUUUGGUUUCUUUAAUUAAGUUGGGAAUCUUUAGGAUAGAAUAUUCAUUCUAAUCUCGACUUGUCUUGGAUCAUCUCUUUACAUUCGACAUUGUAUCGUGUUUUGGUUGGUUUUCCGUGUGUUUGACUUGGAACAGUUAUUACUUAGAGUGGUUGGAGUUUUCUUUGUUUCUUUUUCUUGGGUUUUGAUUUAGUUUGUUUAUAUUUGGUUUGAAAAUGAAUCAAACAUUUACGUUGAGAUCGUUUAAUCCAUUGGUGCUUAUAAGUCGUGGAUGUUUUCAAAGAAGGACUCGAGGAAGGAAAAUACCAGUACGAAAGCCAAUCUACUAUCCAAUGGCUCCUUCCAAACUCUACGUGAUUAAAGAGGCUCCUUAUUUCGCUGAGGAUGAAAAGGAGCAAUAUGAUGUUCUCAAAGAAAAUUAUCUCACUGGUUUAAGAACUUUACGAACUUUUCUUUACAAGGAAGUGUAUUUGCCGACAACGACUGCGGGUGGUUUCAGUGCUGAGGAAGUUUCUAAAGAAGCGGAAGAACAAGAAAGACUUUUAGCUGAAAAUGAUGCGGAAAAUGAAAGACAAAGGAUUCGUCGUGAGGAGAAAACGGCCUGGAUUCGAGAGCAACUCGAAAAUGAUGCACUUAUCGAUGCAACUAAUCGAAUCGCUGCUGAAGAAGAGGAUAGAUUUUUGGCCUCUAAACAAAUAGAAAAAGAUAUUGAACGAAGUAGCACCUUUAUAACGAAAGAUACGCUGGAGAAAUUUGUUCUACAAGCUUUGGACUGUCCAACAUCUUACGAAUUCGCUGUCGAUUUACAGGGUAAAAUCAUUUUCUCUGAUAAACUUCACCCUUACGCUCUAAAGCCAAGUUCAGUUCCCGAAACAAGUGACUUAGAAUUGGAAAAAUUUGCAACCAAAGACAAGGACAUCAAAUUACAAGAGAAAACACUUUAUAAAUGAUUUAAUAGAUCAUGGAAUCAUUUUAGUUUGUUAAUAUAAAGUAAAUAUAUGUUAGUAUUUAAA